UUCCCAGAAUUAGUGAGAUUUUAGGAUUUUAUAGUUCGAUUCCAUUAGAGAUACUGUCUAGCAGAGGCACUAUUAUCCAGAUUUUAUGGAUAAAGAUAAAGGGUUAGUUAACAUCUCACCGAAAGUCACAUAGAUAGAACUAGAGAAAGGAAGAUGCUAUUUAUAACCGGAAAAGGAAGGGAAUUCAGCAGCCACCUUGUCUAACUCAUACCCAAAAGGAAUUCCCACUGUACAGUCCCGCCAAACGGUCAUCGGGCCUAUGGUUGUGGCUAAUUUCGGAGCUCUGAGCCAGGAAGGCUAAACUUCCUCAGCCCCGGGACCUUUCCCCACAAGUCUGUCACUUUUUCAAAGGAUGCAAAUUGCCACCAGUCAACCUCAUGAGUCAAGGGCUUCCCCAACUUCUGAUCUAGAGCCAGAAGAAAACUUCCAUUUUUCUCCUAGAAAUGCUCCUUUUCAAAUGUUCCAAGCUCAGGAGCGGGAUCUCCCCCAGGCAGCUAGAAAGGGGGAAUGGAGUUUGGUUAGAGCCGAUCCGGUCCAACUGAGUCCCAAAGGAUCGGAAAGAUGCUCGGGAAGGUGUUCGUUGUGCUGUUCUUCCAAGGGAAUCCGUGAAGAGGAAACAGCUUCUUUUGGGGAAAUUGCAUUGUAGGGGGUUGUUACAACACCGAUUGCGAAAUCGGAGGCCAAAAAGUGACAACAAUAGUUUUUUGGAAAUUCUAAUGCGUUUCCGGUUUCCAGUCCCCGACAGCGAGCUCCCUGAUGAAUUGGGUGGGUGGCGCUUUUCUUUAUAAGGACUCGUAUUGGGAUGCCAAUGGGAGGUAGAUCGGUGGAGCCCGCGCCGGCCGAGGGAUCAGGAUGAAGCUGGGCGUGUGUCUCCGGGGUUCCCUGAUCGCUUUCCUCCUUUUCUCUUUCCAUUCAGAAACGGCGUCCCUCCCCUUUAAGGAGAUGGGCAGCAGGAAGCAGACGUACAGAAUCUGGGAUGUCUACCAGAAGAUUUUCUACAUGAGGAACAACCAACUGGUGGCUGGCUACCUGCAGGGUCAAAACACUAACCUGGAAGAGAAAAUUGACAUGAUUUCCAUUGAGCCUCAUUCCGUACUCUUGGGGAUCCACGAUGGAAGCCUGUGUCUGUCCUGUGUCAAAUCUGGAAAUACAGCCCAUCUCCAGCUGGAGGAGGUGAACAUCGCAGACCUGGACAAAGAUAGAAAUAGGUCCAAACGUUUCACUUUUAUCAAAACUGAAAACGGUUCCACCAGCAGCUUUGAGUCUGCUGCCUGUCCAGGCUGGUUCCUCUGCACCCAGAUGGAGGCUGACCAGCCAGUAGGCCUUUGCAACACUCAAGAGGAGAACAUCAUCACCAAAUUUUACUUCCAGAUGGAAUAGCUCCAAGAGGAUUGCCUAACUCCACUCCUACCCUAUGCUGUUUCCAUUCCUUGCUAUCCUUCCCCAGCAAGGAAGACCUUCCCUCACCACUGUGCCUAGAAAACUCCAUCUUUUUUCCAUUGCUGGCCCUCUCAAGGCCACAGUGUCACAGUGGAUACUGUCAUCUCUGAGUCAGCAGGUUGAGGAGUGAACACUAGACUGGAGAUCAGGAGGCUUGGGGUCCUGCCUGGCCAUUUUUUGCUUAUGUGAUUUUCAACAGGUGACUUAUUUACUAAAUUUUAGUUGCACCAUCUAUAAAAUGACGGGGUAAGAGAAAAUUACUUUUGGAGUCUCUGGAAGCUUCAAAGUUUUUAUGAUUCUAAGCUAAGCUAGCAGUAUGUUACCUGAUUUUCCUUUCUCUGAUCUCAGGGUCCCCAAAAGUCCCUCGGAGAAAACAAGCCCAUCCCACCAAGGAAAAGGGCUCUGGGGAAACUGUAGGAGAUGCUAGAGGUUCAAAUGUGUGAAAUGGGCGUUAUUGUUUUUCUUUAUCUUGUGACCAACUACAUCAUGUUUCAAUAAAACCUUGAAAAAUAA